CUGGGAAGAGACAGCCUCAGUGGUGUCGAGCCGCAUUCGCCAACUUCUCUCUCGUCGAGCAUGAACAUGGGGAAGCACAAGAGGCCCGGCUACCCGGUCCGCGAUGAUUUUUUGCCACGCAAUUCGCUCUCGUCAGCGCGCAAGGCUGAGCUCGCGACCUUUGGUGCUGCCGCGUUCGACACGUUUGUGCAAAAGGCGAUUGUCGGCGAUCGAUCGAUCGCGUGGACCCUAAUUGACGACACGGUGGACCAAAUCAAGCUGUAUGAAGGCCGCGUCCCCUUUCUUGACAAACACGGUCUUCCGUACUUGGCGACGACAACGUUUCCUGGUGAGCUGGCAACCAUUGCGGGGCUUCACGGCGCGACGACGCACGCCGACUGCAUCGAGUUUAUUCGAGCGUAUGCACCAGACGUGCUCGACAUGGUCGUCCUCGAGAUGUUUCCCUCGGCAGCGCGGCCCAUGACGCUCAAGUGGAGUGCAGUGGCGAGUCCAUGGGCGCUCACCAUCAGUGACCGGGACUUUCUCUACCUCGAGAUCUCGGAUUAUUUUCAAUUGCCCGACGGACGCCGCGGGUGGGGCUACUGCCAAGUGUCGGUCGAGCUCGCCCACGUGCCAUCGCUCCAAGCGUCGGCGCUCAAGCUCGUGCGCGGCGUGCUCUGCCACACGGGUUGUCUCUACAUGGAGAGCCUCGUCGACGACGGCUGCGUCGAUGUCAUUUACCACAUUGCGUCCGAUUUCCGAGGACGCAUUCCAUACUGGGCGCGCAAGCACGGUAUCAAGAGUCGCGUGCGGCAGCUGCUCUUGCUCAGCGCGACGGCGCGGGAAGACGCGGCCAAGCGCAAGCAGACGAUAUGCAGCUUGUGCGAGAAGGCCGGCUCGCGGCUCUUUCGCCGACUUCGACAGUGCGACGGCUGCAGCGAAAUGGUGUGCCCCAAGUGCCGCGAAAAAUGGGUCCACGCCGAUGGCUCCAGCCGCCGUCUCUGUACGUACUGCAGCUGCAUGGACCGGAGCACAAAUAGUGUCCGCGUCUCGCGCCGCACCCAAGGCACAGCGUCGUCGACGUCGUUGCCGACACCGCCAAAAAGCUACAGCCAGCGACAUAUGCCCGCCAUCGACUCGGGGCGGAGCCAAGAGCAUCGGGCGUCCUUCUCAAAGUCCGAGAUGGAUCUUUCGUACCUUGGGGCGUACAGCAAGGCGCCGCCGCCAGCUGCGCCGACACGUCAGAUUUUGUCGCUGGGGCUGUAAUUGCGCGUCUCGUGGCGAGAAUGAAGGGUGUAUUUAUGCGC